CAUUCAAAGAAACUUGCUCGCGGUAAAUAUGUUCAUGAGAUGCAAACCCAUCGAGUUAAACCUGAAAAGGUAUCCGAAUACAUUCAACUCUUAACCCAUCAUUAUCCUCGUAUUGCUAAUGACCCUCAAAACAAUGUUCACUUGUGUGGUAGUUGGGAAACCGUGGUAGGUGAACUUGAUACGUUUGUUCAUAUAUGGGAAUACAAGGGAUACACAGGCCACAAGGCUACGAUGGAAAAACUCUCUCAGGACCCAGCUUAUACAGAGUUUAUUAAAGAUCUCCGCCCUUUAUUGAUUUCGCGUGAGAAUAAUAUGAUGCUUGAAUUCUCUUUCUGGAAGACAUCGCCUCCUCAAGUCACCAACGGUAUUUAUGAACUUCGUAAAUACAAUUUAAAGCCUGGUAAUUUGCUUGAAUGGGAAUAUCAUUGGCGAAAAGGACUUGAAUGUCGUAGCCAAUUUUGUGAACCUGUCGGAGCCUGGUUUAGUCAACUAGGACAGUUGCAUACAGUUCAACAUAUGUGGACUUAUCCUGAUUUGCAAACAAGAAAGACAACAAGAGAAGAAGCUUGGAAGGUGGAAGGGUGGUCUGACACUGUUUACAAGACAGUUCGAUUGAUUGAUAGUAUGCAUUCUUAUAUCUUGAAGCCUUUAAGCUAUAGUCCUUUAAGAUAAAAUAGACAUCUUUUUUUUUAUUGAUUUAAAAAAGAGAGCAAUAAAGACAUU